GGAGCAACCACAGCCCGCAGACUAACAGAGGCUGGAGUCUGAGGAAAAACUGUGACCGCUACCAGCCAUGGGGCUGGAUUACUAUGCUGUGCUCCAGGUUACUCGCAACUCAGAGGAUGCCCAGAUCAAGAAGGCGUACCGGAAACUUGCCCUGAAGAACCACCCAAUGAAGUCAAAUGAGCCAUCUGCACCAGAGACAUUCAAGCAGAUAGCAGAAGCCUACGAUGUGCUGAGUGACCCUGUCAAGCGAGGCAUCUAUGACAAGUUUGGCGAAGAAGGCCUGAAGGGUGGGAUCCCCCUGGAGUUUGGAUCCCAGACUCCAUGGACAACGGGCUACGUCUUCCAUGGCAACCCUGAAAAAGUGUUCCACGAGUUUUUUGGGGGAGACAACCCCUUUAGUGAAUUUUUUGAUGAAGAAGGAAAGGAUGUAGAUUUGAAUUUUGGGGGGCUUCGGGGCCGAGGAGUCCAGAAACAAGACCCUCCAAUCGAACGAGACCUCUAUUUGUCCCUGGAGGACUUAUUCUUUGGCUGUACCAAAAAAAUUAAGAUCUCCCGAAGGGUGCUAAAUGAAGAUAGGUAUUCUUCCACCAUCAAGGACAAGAUCCUGACAAUCGACGUGAGGCCUGGGUGGAGGCAGGGCACACGCAUCACCUUUGAGAAAGAAGGGGACCAGGGCCCCAACAUUAUCCCGGCUGAUAUUAUCUUCAUUGUAAAGGAGAAGCUGCACCCUCGCUUCCGCAGGGAGCUUGACAAUCUCUUCUUCGUGUACCCCAUUCCUUUGGGCAAGGCCCUCACCUGUUGCACUGUGGAGGUGAAGACCCUUGAUGACCGUCUGCUCAACAUCCCCAUCAAUGACAUCGUCCACCCUAAGUACUUCAAGACGGUGCCAGACGAAGGGAUGCCACUGCCUGAGAACCCCAGCAAGAAGGGAGACCUCUUCAUCUUCUUCGACAUCCAGUUCCCCACACGCCUCACACCCCAGAAGAAGCAGAUGUUGCGCCAGGCACUGCUGACCUAAAUCUGGGGACCUGGAGAAGAAGAGGGAUGGAGAGGGCUAG